AUGAAGAACCUUAAUUGCUCCAUUUCGGCUAGCAUGCAGGCCUUUGAGGAUAUCAUUUUCGAGGCAAAAACGAGAAACCCCAACAUAACGAUAAGAGGUUACUUGUCCUGUGUUUUGGGCUGUCCUUAUGAAGGACUGGAAAUCGAUCCAAAAAGAGUUGCCUGUUUAGCAAAGCAAUACAUAGACAUGGGAUGCUCUGAAGUAUCCCUUGGGGAUACAAUAGGAGCUGGAACCCCCCAGCGAUCGGAGCAAUUAAUUGAGGCAGUUUCUAAUCAAAUAGCCCUUCCUAAAAUUGCUAUGCACUUUCACAACACAUAUGGGCAGGCCCUUGCAAACAUAUGGGCAUCGCUAAAAGCUGGAAUACGCAUCUUUGAUUGCUCCAUUGCCGGAUUAGGAGGCUGUCCCUAUGCAAAAUCUGCAACCGGAAACGUGGCAACUGAAGACGUUGUAUAUAUGCUUCAAGGAACAAAAUACGAUCCAGGCGUCGAUUUGGAUAAGCUCAAGAUCGCAAGCGAUUACAUUCUGCAUCAAUUGGGUAUUUUCCAUCCACCAUGGCUUAUUAUAUGGUAG